AGAUGGGCAGGUCCACAGCACUGCCAGAUUCUGCACAAGCUCCAUUUAUUGUUGCUUCUUGCUUUUUUCCUUCUGUGUUUUUAAUUUUUUUAAAAAACCAUUGUAUGUUCUAAAGAACUAGCUGCACAAAGGUUGGUGGCUGAUGACCUUUCAGCUUAGAUUUCAAAUAUAGAAGAAAGAGUCUAAAUGCUAUCCCUGUGUAUCUAAGAAGGAUGGGGCAGAUUUCAUUUCACCCUCUAGUCUCCCUCAAUGCAUGCACGGAUUUAUCUGUACGCUAAGCUCUCUGCUCUGCCUCUGUAGCUCCUUGUGGAUUAUAUUGUCUCUGUGAUCAGAAAUGAUUUUCUCGGAUAUGAACACCGUUUCUGGCUCCCCUAAAGUGCAUCCUCCUAAUGGGACCCGGUUUUACACUUUUCAAGAAUUUGCUGCACUGACAAAAGAAUUAAAUGCCUGCAGGGAGCAACUUCUAGAAAAGGAAGAAGAAAUUUCUGAACUUAAAGCUGAAAGAAAUAACACAAGACUAUUACUGGAACAUUUGGAGUGCCUUGUGUCACGACAUGAAAGGUCGCUAAGAAUGACGGUGGUAAAACGGCAAGCCCAAUCUCCCUCAGGAGUAUCCAGUGAAGUUGAGGUUCUCAAGGCACUGAAAUCUUUGUUUGAACACCACAAGGCCUUGGAUGAAAAGGUAAGGGAGCGACUGAGGGUUUCUUUAGAAAGAGUCUCUGCCCUGGAAGAAGAACUAGCUGCUGCUAAUCAGGAGAUUGUUGCCUUGCGUGAGCAAAAUGUUCAUAUACAAAGAAAAAUGGCAUCAAGUGAGGGAUCCACAGAGUCAGAACAUCUUGAAGGGAUGGAACCGGGCCAGAAAGUCCAUGAGAAGCGUUUGUCCAAUGGUUCUAUAGAUUCAACUGAUGAAACUAGUCAAAUAGUCGAACUACAAGAAUUGCUUGAAAAGCAAAACUAUGAAAUGGCUCAAAUGAAAGAACGUUUAGCAGCCCUUUCUUCCCGAGUGGGAGAGGUGGAACAGGAAGCAGAAACAGCAAGAAAAGACCUUAUUAAAACAGAAGAAAUGAACACCAAAUAUCAAAGGGACAUUAGGGAGGCUAUGGCACAGAAGGAAGAUAUGGAAGAAAGAAUCACGACACUUGAGAAGCGUUACCUCAGUGCUCAGAGAGAAUCUACCUCUAUACAUGACAUGAAUGAUAAACUAGAAAAUGAGUUGGCAAAUAAAGAAGCCAUCCUGCGGCAGAUGGAAGAGAAAAACAGACAGUUACAAGAACGUCUGGAGCUAGCUGAGCAAAAGUUGCAGCAGACUAUGAGAAAGGCUGAAACCUUACCUGAAGUAGAGGCUGAACUGGCUCAGAGAAUCGCAGCCCUAACAAAGUCUGAUCCAACCUCUUCUACCUCAUCUGAUGAUUAUCAAUAUGUUAUGGAAGCUAAACUACAAGAAAUGAUCUCCAUACGUAGGAAGGCUGAAGAGAGACAUGGAAAUAUUGAAGAACGUAUGAGACAUUUAGAAGGUCAACUUGAAGAGAAGAAUCAAGAACUUCAAAGAGCUAGGCAAAGAGAGAAAAUGAAUGAGGAGCAUAACAAGAGGUUAUCCGAUACGGUUGACAGACUUCUGACUGAAUCCAACGAACGGUUACAGCUCCACUUAAAGGAAAGAAUGGCUGCUCUGGAAGAGAAG